CAUUCAUCGCUCCGGGGGGAGGGGGGCAGGUAGGCGGCAUGUGGUCAGCUAUCUGCACCACAUAUUCCAGACUCCACGACAGAUGGCGCUCUGGUUCUGGCUCUGUAUCAUGAGUUGUGCGAAGGGGGUGCUGCAUGCAGUUUGUACAUAUUCGUGAUCAGCCAUGAACCAUGCUGACCUUCUACCCCGAGCAGCAGCAACAGCAGCUAACACGAAAACCCGCCUGUAUGUGGUUCUAACAUGCCUGCUCACGCUGAGUGUUCUCAUACAUCUAAACGGUUUCCCGUACGAGACACCAUUCGACGCUGAUCGCUACGUGGCGCCACUAGCACCACCGAUGCGACCAGCAGCGCCUCUCGCGGACACCGUCGACAACACGCUGCUCGCCUACAUCCGAGAGCAGUGCGACGGGUUAGACCGCGUCAUGGCCGAGAUACCGUUGUCAUGGAAACGCAUGUACCUGGCGCCGAAAUACAAUCUCGCCUACUGCACGGUGCCGAAAAUCGCAAGCACCACGUGGAAGCGCGCGCUCGUCGCCCUGGGCAAAGCGCCACCUGACGGCAAAGUCGACAUGAAGCAGUUCGACGUGCUUCCGCGCGGGUUCGUGCAUAUCGAUCGCAAUGUCGGCCCCUACCUCCGCCUAGCGAGUGACGUCAUCGAAGAUAAGAGCAAGAUUGCCACCGUGCUUGACUCGUACACGGCGUUCAUGUUCGCGCGUCAUCCGUUCACUCGUCUGCUGUCGGCUUACCGAGACAAGGUCGCAGACGACGCCGACUCGCCGUCGUACCGCCGCUUGCUUUUCCCACGGCUUUCUGACGUACGUCGCCGACACGCCGACGCGUCGCCUGGACCGCCACUGGGGCGCCAUUCGUCGAUCUAUAUCCACUUCGACUACGUCGGCAAAUACGAAACGCUGAGCGACGACAGCGCCGAACUGCUGCGGCGGACGAAUCUCGAUGACGUCAUCGUUUUUCCCGAGCGCAACGCGUCGUACAAGCGGGCGACGAGUAGCGAUGACGUCACGCUGAUGCGGGAGUUUUACGGACGCGUGCCGCUGGAGUUGGGGAGGAGGUUGUACGAGAAGUACGAGUUGGAUUUUCUCAUCUUCAACUACACGUUUCCGGAAGAUUUGUUCGCGCGCUAG